UUCCCAGGCAGUUUGAGUUUAUACCCAACAAAUAAUGUUACACUCUCCUUUCUUAUGCUUCUCUUUCUGCCUUACAGUACUGUUUCUCAUCACACUCCCUCUUGGAACAAACUCUACCUUAAUGGUGCCCAAAGACAUAAUUGACCAAACCUGCCAACAAUGUGCCAACCAAUCCAUCAUCUUGAGCUAUGGCUUCUGUUCAACUUCCCUUCCAGUAAUUCCAGUGAGUCACUCAGCAAAUCUUGAAGGGCUAGCAUUGGUUGCAAUGGAGCUAGCUCUAGAGAAUGUGACUAGCACAGUGGCAACCAUAGAGAAGCUAUUAGAUAGCACAAGUAUAGAUAACUUGGCUUUGGGAUGUUUAGCAGAUUGCUUGGAACUUUACUCUGAUGCAGCAUGGACAAUAGUGAAUUCCAUAGGAGUUUUCUUAUCUGGGAAUUAUGAAGUGACUAGGACAUGGAUGAGUUCAGUUAUGGAAGCAGCCUCAACAUGCCAGCAAGGUUUUGUGGAGAGGGGUGAAGUUUCUCCUUUGACACAGGAAAAUUACAAUCUCUUCCAGCUAUGUGGUAUUGCACUUUGCAUCAUCCACUUGGCUCAGUCUAACCCUGCAAUACCUUAUGAAUUGUCCCACACAUGAAUCUGGCCUUCCUCUUUAAUAGACAAUAAUGUGAGACAUUAGUAGCUCAAAAUGGAAAAUAGGUGUGAGAGAUGGAAACAAUGUAUGUUAAAAGAAAGAAAUUUAAGAGUCCAAGACAGAUGAGAGAUGCAUGCUAGACAUC